AUGGCUUUAAUAAACUUCAAGGAAAGGAUCCACAUUUUGUUAAAGCUAAAAGAGUCUCUAAUUCCCCAGGUUGACGGGAAUUUUGUAAAGGAUUGGGAAGCGGAAGCAAUGAAUUAUCAAGUAACUAGCGAAAAUAUUAUAAUACACCUGAAGGACAUAUAUUUUAUAGAAGGCUUAAUUACACCCAUUUCAGCGCAAUUAACCUUUUUGAGAAUCAAUUUACAAAAUUAUGUAAAUAUGUCAGAAAAGGAAAAAGAUAAAUUUAAAAGAUUGUACGUAUUGGCAGCACUUGGAUUAAUCGCUAAACUCAAACUUAUUUUAUUUUUUUCGACAUAUAUUAACGCAAGGGAAAAUAAUCGCAGCAAGAAUUUCCCAGUUUUUAGCGAAAAUUAUUAUAACCUAGGACAGUACAAUUGUGAAAGUAAUUAUGAAGAUAAAAAUAAUUUAAUUAAUAAUGCUUGUGAUCAAUGUGUAAAUAAUGAAGACGAAAAAAACAAUUCCUCUUUUAACCCUGUGGAAGAUUAUUACAGCCAAUUUCAUUCAUGCACAGAUGAUUAUAAAGAAAACAUUUUUAACAUGAUGGCCCUCAACAAUAUAGUGAACUGCAAUUCGAAUUUGGGCAACGACAAAAAUAUCAGUGACAGUGAAUAUGUGGACAACACGAUAGGCGUCUACGACACCUGCGUCGACAUGAGCACCAAGCGCAUGAGCAGCAACGGUGUUGGCGCUAACCACGUUGGCAUCAACAAUAUUGGCAUCACCCAUGUCAGUGGCAGUAACAAUGUAAGGGUAAACCACCUCGGUGGAGGUCAGUUCAACUCCCUACUCCUCCAAAGCGCAGAAGAAUACCCAUCCAACAUGAUGGCACACUUUGCAGUGGACAAAAACGAAGGCCUGCAAAAUAUUCCCGCCGCCACAUCAAAGAAGAGAGCCGCACAAAUGACGCAAAGCCAAAACAAAACACCCAACUUCCUAAAAAGCUCACACACUUUAAAUGGAAUAAAAAAUGGAAUCAACGAACGCAUGCACAGUUACAAUGAACAAAUAAAUAAUGAAGCACAGCGCUUCCUACAACAAAAUCAAGAACAAAUAUCCAAGUAUAUAAAUAAUAUACACCCAAGCAUUCAUUCUAAUAAUGAAAAUGCAGAAUUCAACAGUAGGAAAUCAAACUUAAGCAACUAUUAUGAUAAUGACAACAGUCAGGAAAAUAACAUUCUUCAAUCAUAUAGUAAUAAAAUUUAUGGCCUAAGUGACAAUGUGUAUAAGAAUAGCUACUUCUUAUGA